AUGCCGACUGCUGUAUCCAAGACCCCCUCCUCAGUCCCUCCGACCACGGAGGAAAUAUCCUCCCUCGUCAAUACCAUCUUCACGGCAGAGACCUCUCAGCAGUCUCUCGAUGCCUCGUACGCCCUGACGAAUCUGCUGAUCCAGAGCGUCGGAUGCCGCGCCUUCCAAUACUACCCGAUCCUGCAGGAAGUCAGGAAAGCUGCCACAGAUAAGAAGAAUGGUGCCAAACGAGAGAGUGCGAUGUUGAUCCUGGGGGCCCUACUGGAGCUUUUCCCCCGGCAGCACCCUCUCAGCGAAGUGGUGUUUUUGCUGCAGGACGGCGGUGUGCUGCACCUGGCCCUGGAUGCCCUCGCUGACAAGGGCGCCGUCGUGCGCGAGGCCGCUCAGUAUGCGAUCGAUGCUUUGUUCGCCUGCCUGAAGCCCGAAUCGAUGGUCAACGCACUCCUCCCCGCCCUCUCGACCUAUCUCAGCAAGGGGUCAGGCAAGUGGCAGGGAUUCGUUGGGGCCUAUUCCCUUAUUGAAAAGAUGGCAGUCAAAGCCCAGAUCGGCACCGGGACCCGGCAGGAGGAGCUUGAGAAGGAUUUGCUGCGCGAGGCAAUGGGCAAAACACUGAAGGACCUGAUCCCCUUGGUGGAAUCUGGCAUGCACGACCUGAAGAAUGAGGUCGCCAAGCAGUCGAUCAAGGCCAUGAACGCUCUCACCACCCUCCUGUCCAACGACGAUGUCGCCCCUCGAAUCCCCCUGCUCAUCAAGACCAUGGAGCAGCCAUCGGAGCAGACCCUGCAGAACGCCAUCCACGCCCUGUCUCAGACCACUUUCGUGGCCGUCGUCACGUCCCCCGUCCUCGCUUUGCUGACGCCUUUGCUGGAACGUUCCCUGAAUGCUCCCACCACCCCGCAGGAGACCCUGCGCCGGACUGUGGUGGUUGUGGAAAACCUGACCAAACUGGUCCACGAUCCGGCCGAAGCGCGCACAUUCUUGCCCAAACUCAAGCCUGGUGUGCAGGCUGUCAAGGACCGGGCCUCACUGCCUGAGGUUCGAGAACUUGCCACGCGCGCGCUGAAUGUAAUCGAAAAGGCCAUGGGUGAUAAGGAUGUUGCCGCGGGAUCUGUCGUUAAGACCACUCCGGAAGAGGUUCUGGCUGUUUUGGAUGCCCAGAUCCAGGCGAAUGGGGGUCUCGCUGUUCCGGAACAACGCACUCUGUUCGAGCUCGGCAAGAACUAUGUCGCCGAGAUGGUGCGUGAAGAUGUCAACUGCCGCAUGCAUGAUAGGAUCCCCGCUUGCAUCGCCCCCUACCUCCGCGGAUUGCUUCAGGAGGAUAAGCAGGAUGUCGUUGCCGAGGCGGUGCAGGCUCAUUUCAUCGAAGAAGAUCACCGCAAAUAUGGCCAACCCGAACCGGACGACCCGAACGAGGUGGAGAUCGUUAACGCCAACUUCUCCCUUGCCUACGGAGGCAUGCUGCUCUUGUCCCACACGAACCUCCGCCUCUUGAAGGGCCACCGCUACGGUCUUUGUGGCCGCAACGGAGCCGGAAAGUCCACUCUGAUGCGAAGCAUCGCCAAUGACAAGCUGGAGGGCUUCCCGCCACAGGACGUCGUGCGUACAUGCUUUGUGGAGCACAACCAGGGCGAAGAUGCGGACCUCAGCAUCCUCGAGUACGUCUCCAAGGACCCUAAGAUUGCCGCUGCUGGCCAGGAACACAUCCGGAGCGUCCUUCUGGAGUUCGGCUUCACCGAUGGCCCGGAGGGACGUCAGUCCCAGGGGGUGGGAUCUCUGUCUGGUGGUUGGAAGAUGAAGCUGGCACUGGCACGCGCCAUGCUGAUGAAAGCGGAUGUGCUACUGCUAGACGAACCCACUAACCAUUUGGAUGUUGCCAACGUUAAAUGGUUGCAGGAUUAUCUAAAGAAGCACACCGACAUUACCAGCUUGAUCGUCAGUCACGACUCAGGAUUCUUGGAUGAAGUUUGCACGGAUAUUUACCACUAUGAGGGCAAGAAGUUGGUCUGCUACAAAGGUAACCUGGCCGAUUUUGUCAAGGUCAAGCCCGAGGCGAAGGCCUACUACACCCUGUCUGCCAGCAACGUCUCGUUCAAGUUCCCUGCCCCCGGUAUUCUAGCUGGUAUCAAGUCCAACACUCGCUCGAUUCUGCGGAUGACCAACUGUUCCUACACCUACCCGGGGGCCAACAAACCGUCUCUGGUCGAUGCGUCGCUGUCGCUCACUCUGUCGUCCCGUGUGGCGAUCAUCGGAGGCAACGGAGCUGGCAAAUCGACAUUCAUCAAAAUGCUGACCGGUGAAACCAUCCCUCAGAGCGGAAAGGUGGAGAAACACCCCAAUCUCCGUAUGGGAUACAUCAAGCAGCACGCUCUGGAGCACGUGGAGAUGCACUUGGAGAAGACCCCGAGUCAGUACCUGCAGUGGCGUUAUGCCAACGGAGACGACCGGGAGGUGUUCCUGAAACAGACCCGUAUCCUCACCGACGAAGACAAGGCCCAGAUGGAGAAGCCCAUAGAUCUGGGUGACGGACGCGGACCUCGCCGCAUCGAGGCACUUAUUGGUCGGCAGAAGUACAAGAAAACCUUCCAGUACGAAGUGAAAUGGGUUGGCCUCCUUCCCAAACACAACACCAUGAUCUCCCGGGAGACAUUGAUCGAGCUGGGUUUCUUCAAGAUGGUCCAGGAGUUUGACGACCACGAGUCCUCGCGCGAGGGUCUCGGCUUCCGCGUUCUGGACCCCAAGGCGAUCUCGAAACACUUCGAAGACAUCGGGCUGGACCCGGAGAUUGCGAACCACAACCAGAUCUCUGGUCUGUCGGGAGGACAGAAAGUCAAAGUGGUGCUGGCGGGUGCCAUGUGGAAUAACCCUCACUUGCUGGUGCUGGACGAGCCCACCAAUUUCUUGGAUCGCGACUCGCUUGGUGGAUUGGCGGUGGCCAUUCGGGACUUCAAGGGUGGAGUGGUCAUGAUUUCCCACAACGAGGAGUUCGUGGGGGCCCUCUGCCCGGAGCAGCUGCACAUUGCCGAUGGACGCGUGGUGUCUCGAACCAACGCCGCCGUGUCGCUGGACCGAUUCGAGGACAGCGCCACCAACUCGCCGCAGGCGGGCAGCACGGCGGCCAACUCGACGACCACCAGCGCCGCCGCAUCCGCUGUUAACUCUGGCGCCGAGGACCAGGGCGAGCUCAAGUUCAAGGCCAAGAAGAAGAAGAAGAUGACCCGUGCGCAGUUGAAGGAGCGUGAGGUGCGUCGUCGUCUGCGACACAUUGAAUGGUUGAACUCGCCCAAGGGAACGCCUAAGCCUGUUGACACCGACGACGAAGCCUAG